CCGGAAAACCUAUUGAGAUUGAUAUCCAAACAAGAUCCACUUCGUGGAACAUACCGUGUCCAGGCUACGCUAUAAUUACUUUUACCAGCCCCGCGAUCGAUUUGAUGGAUUUUGCGUAUGAUCUUUUCACAUCAUUUUUUGAAUAUUUUUAUCAUUGCAGCGAAAAUUUAGCAUGAUUGCUUCAGCAUUCGAGACGAGAUUUAAACCCGCCAUCCUCUGUUCGACGCCGCUAUUCGAGUGUCAUCUUGUUUCUAAAAUUUAACAAACGCGGCUCGUAAAUAUUAAUGAUAUAACGAAUUGCUACGAUAAAAAUCUAACAUGACUAGAACACUUAUAYUUCAGUUAAAAAAAGAAAGAAAGAAAGAAAUAAAUAAAAAAAGAAGUUUUCAGAAGUACUCCAGUCGAGGAUCGAACCUUGGAACUCUGGAUUAAGGGUCCCUUGGGAGCGCAAAACUGCGACGUGGAAAAAACAUAAUAAUAAGAAAGGCGCUGCAUUUUAUAACCGUGCCGCAGGACUUCGGCCUGGACACGGUAAAAAUGAUAGUUGGACUGAUUUGGAUGCGAUCUUUCUUCAAUCUGUUCAAUUUUUUUAUUAGACUAACUUUAUGAACUUGCACCCAGUCCUUUGCUCGUUUUUUAAGAAUGCUAAUUACAAUUUUAAUACCCUUGAUACCCUUGCUCGGCGGCACACUAAAAAUUAUUCGUAUAUCUAUCUCUUUGAAGCACAGGUUACAUGAAAAGCUACAAGUGAAUUAUCAAAAUAUAGUUAACGAACUUUCAUUUGAAAGUCUAUGAUCUGCGUUGGUACUAAGGACCAGUUAGGUAACAUUUUGUUUGAGCUUGGGAUACCUGUGGUUUGAAAAUUAGAGAAAAUAAAAGUCAGCGGUCUCUCAAAUUCCAAAAUGGCAGAACGAGGUGACUUGAAUAUUAUUCUAAAAAGUAAUCCGCGAGAAACCGAGAAAAUUGUGUGUAAAGCAAUUGAACUUGGCUAUGAAAUGAUUGCUGUCAAUUCAACUUGUGAACUUACUACAGUUAAAAGUAAGAGGGAAAAGCAGAAUCCUUUGGGUUUGCCUUCUUUCAACUGGAAAGAGUUGCCUGGAAUAAAAGCCUUUAUGGAUUCCAACCAGAAUAUCAAUGUGUUUUCGCGAAUUACUGUAAAGUUGGAAGAUCAAAGUCAGCUGCAUCAACUAGCUUCUAAUCCAUUUUCUACUUUCGACAUCCUCGCUGUCACUCCAACUACAGAGAAACUGUUUCAACAGUGUUGCGGUUCUCUAGAAGUCGAUAUAAUUUCCCUGGAUAUAACAUCACGACUACCGUUUUAUUUAAAGAUCCCACAGGUUCGACAGGCUAUUCAACGAGGAAUCCACUUUGAAAUAGUUUAUUCCCCUGCCAUUAGAAGCACGUCACAGAGAAGGUACGUAAUCAGCAAUGCAUUGGAAAUUGUUCGUGCUACUAAAGGCAGAAAUACGUUGUUAAGCAGUCAAGCAGAAUCUGUACUAGACAUACGUGGCCCUAACGACAUCUCAAACCUUGGAUUAUUAUUUGGAUUGAAAGAAGACCAGUGUAAAGCUGCCAUAUCGAAGAAUGCACGUGCAGUAUUGUAUCAUGCUAGGGGCCGUAAAUGCACUGUCAAGUCAGCCAUAACAGGCUGUUAUAUUAACACUGUUCCUACAAAUGAAAUGUGGAAAAUCGGAAAAAGAACAGAGCAUAUUAGCAAUGAUGAAAGUGAUGGGGUCCAGAAAAAAAAGAAAAUCAAAUUUUUGUGACAUUGUCUUUCAUUGUCAACAUGUACCUUUAGAGUCUUGAGUUUAAAUUCAAAGAUUGGGAUUUUUUGCAUCUAGGUUACAGAUACGGACUUUAACUCUUGCCUAGUUCAGAAGGAUUACUAAAAAAGCUUCAUUUCUUGAUAAAUGCUGCUAACUCAAGAAAAAAUAUUAACUCAUCGACAGUUUAUUGCUUUGGAAAAUGAUCUUUUCUUUCCAGUUGAAAACUGCUUUAGUUGUAUUUGUGUCCCAGUCAGAUUUAAAUAAUUUCUUAUUUUUGAGCACUAAAAAAGGUGGUGUCAGGCCACCCUAAUCACCC